CUUUGUUUGUUUAGAAAAAAGGUUAGUGUUUUUCGUCUAACCUUUUCUUCUGUGUUCCUUUUUUGAUUUUUCAGAAUCCAUAACAAUCUAUCCCGUUUCAAGGAUUGAAGUUUAGUGAUCGCUCUCUCUUGUUCCCAACUUACCUCAAUUAAGGACCAACCAUACAUGAACAGGUUUUAGCACAAUACAUUGCGAGGGAGAGUGAGAUCAAGAGAGGAGGCGCACAGCAGUGGUUCCCAAAGCAGCGCUGGUUUCCACAGAGCAAGGAGGCGUGUCACCACAAACAGAAUGCGUUGUCUAAAACUAUGACAAUGGAGAAGGCAGAUUGAAAGCCGAAUGCAUACAUGGUUUGUCUUCCGACAUUGAAGACACGGUUUCUCUCGAAGAAGCACCAAUGCCUCUUUCUCCUAAACUUGUGUGGUUCCAUGGAACAACUCCAUCAAAUACAAGCACAAAUCCACCUCUCUGGUCUUUACCAAGACACACACACUCUCUCAGAACUCGUCUACUUUUGCUCCCUCUCUCCCUCCAAGAACCUCCGCCACGCUCGGGCACUUGUGCACCAUGCUGCCACCCCAUCACCCAUUUCGUGGAACAUUCUCAUCCGAGGCUACGCCGCGAGCGACUCCCCCCGUGAAGCUUUUUGGGUAUUUCAGAAAAUGCGAGAACGUGGUGCCAUGCCUAACAAACUCACCUUCCCUUUCCUCAUUAAGUCUUGUGCUGCAGCUACUGCACUUGGUGAAGGGAAGCAGGUUCAUGCGGACGCUUUUAAGUGUGGUUUGGACUCUGACGUGUACGUUGGUAACAAUUUGAUUAACUUUUAUGGGUGUUGUAAGAGGAUUGUGGAUGCAAGAAAGGUGUUUGAUGAAAUGCUAGAGAGAACAGUUGUUUCUUGGAACUCGGUUAUCACUGCGUGUGUUGAGAGUCUUUGGUUGGGUGAGGGGAUUGAGUAUUUUUUCAGGAUGUGGGGUUGUGGGUUUGAGCCUGAUGAGACUUCCAUGGUGUUGUUAUUAUCUGCUUGUGCUGAGUUGGGGUACUUGAGUUUGGGAAGAUGGGCUCAUUCUCAGUUGGUUUUGAGAGGGAUGGUUCUGAGUGUUCAAUUGGGUACUGCUCUUGUUGAAAUGUAUGGGAAGUCUGGGGCUUUGGGCUAUGCAAGGUUUGUUUUUGAGAGAAUGGAAAAGAGGAAUGUGUGGACAUGGAGUGCAAUGAUAUUGGGGUUGGCUCAACACGGGUUUGCUGAGGAAGCCCUUGCGCUGUUUGCAAUGAUGAGUAGCAAUAACAAUCACAAUAUAUGCCCAAAUUAUGUGACCUAUCUCGGGGUUCUUUGUGCUUGUAGCCAUGCUGGGAUGGUAGAUGAGGGUUGCCAAUAUUUUCAUGACAUGCAACGUGUGCAUGGGAUCAAGCCCCUGAUGAUGCAUUAUGGAGUCAUGGUUGAUGUAUUGGGUCGUGCUGGUCGUCUUGAAGAAGCUUAUUGGUUUAUACAGAUGAUGCCUAUUGAGCCUGAUCCGGUUGUGUGGAGGACAUUGCUAAGUGCAUGCGCUAUACAUGAUGUGCAUGACCAUGCUGGGAUUGGAGAAAGAGUGAGGAAGAGGUUACUUAGGAUGGAGCCAAGGAGGGGAGGGAAUUUGGUUAUUGUUGCUAACAUGUACGCUGAAGUGGGUAUGUGGGAGAAAGCAACAAAUGUGAGGAGGGCGAUGAGAAAUGGAGGAAUGAAGAAAAUGGCUGGGGAGAGUUGUGUGGACUUAGGUGGCUCCAUGCAUAGGUUCUUCGCGGGCUAUGAUCCUUGCCCAGAUUUGAUGUCCGUUUAUCAUCUACUCGAUGGAUUGAACUUGCACUUGAAAAUGGUUAACUGAUACUUGCUAUAGUAGUUGCUUUCAAUGAAUUCUGCUUGGUGGAUAUUGAAAUUAGAAAAACACCCAUAGGUUAGUUCUUUCGAAAUCAUUAUUGUUGACAAUUUCUGUGACUAAAUGCUCUUACCAUUUAUUUCUAUAUUGUAUCUAUGAUUUUGUCACACACCAGGAAUUUUUGUGGCUAUUUUAUUAAAGUUUACCCCAUUUCUGACAUUUUCAAAUUCCAUCCCUUGCUGCAAAAUGACGAGUCUAUAUAGCAAACCCGUGAAGCAUUCAUUAUCACCAAAGUUUUCCUACAUUUCUUGGUUCCAGUCCCCAGCAGCUCCAGUGCUUAUCUCAGUUUCACCAAAUAUGACUUCCUCUGCUGCUCUGCCUCCUAAGCCUCCAACUAUU